AUGUCAGCAUUACCAUCAAUUGAUGGAAGUGUUACGGAAUGGACAAAUGAUAUGUUUUCACCAGAGUUACAAGCAGCAAUUAGAGAUAUUGUACCAGUGACAGAUAGAGAUUUCGAUAAACAUGAUUUUAAUCCAGUAGCAUAUAUUAAUGAUAAUUUCUCAAAUGAACAAUCAUUAACAAGAUUAGAUAAUUUUAUGAAUAGAUUAAAAUUAAAAAUUAUAAAAAUCGAUGAAGAGAUCAUUCAAGAAGUUAGAUUACAAAGUAUUAGUGGUGGUAAAGGUAAAGAAGAUUUAGAGAAUGCUAAAAGAUCAAUUAAUGAAUUGUUAACUAAAAUCACUGAUAUUAAAUCAAAAGCAAAUCAAUCUGAACAAAUGGUAACUGAAAUUUGUAAAGAUAUUAAAUCUUUAGAUUAUGCUAAAAAAAAUUUAACAACUGCAAUUACAACUUUAAAAAGAUUACAUAUGAUGGUUAUGGGUGUUGAACAAUUAAAAGAGAUGGUUGAUAAAAAACAAUAUGGUACAGUUGCAAAAUUAUUAGAAGCAACAGCACAAUUUGCAGAAGGAUUUAAAGAUUAUAGAGAAUCACCAAAAAUUUAUGCAUUAAAUAAAGAAUUGGAUAAUAUUAGAUCAAGAGUUAAAGAUCAAAUUUAUGAGGAUUUCAAUCAGUAUGUACCAUAUACGAGUAAUCAAAUUAAACCAAAUGAAGAGAAUAGAUGGAAAAGUUCAUGUUAUGUUAUCGAUGCAUUAGGUAGUGAAGUUAAAAAGGAUUUUUUAAGAUGGUUUUGUGGUUCACAAUUAUCGAGUUAUAAGAAAGCAUUUGGUAGUCAAUCAGAGAGUUAUACAUUGGAUAGUACAGAUAGAAGAUUUGGUUGGUGGUCAAGACAAAUUAAAAUAUUUCGUGAAGAGUACGCUUUAGUAUUCCCACCAGAAUGGUGUAUGGAAGAACAAAUCAGUUAUGAGUUUUGUAUUCUCACUCGUUUAGAUCUAUCAGAGGUUUUAUUAAUUAAUAAAAAUUCAAUUGAAGUACCACAAUUAAUUAAAGCAUUAAAGAAAACUUUAACUUUUGAAAAUAAACUUUAUGAAUUAUUUGCUCAAAAUAAUCAAAAAUUAUCAUCACCAACUAUGUCAUCAACACCAAGUAAUGAAAGUGAAAAUAAUUCAGAUGAUUCAGAUCAAGAUGAUUCAGAUGAUGAUAAUGGUGAAAAUCAAGUUGAUGGUGAAAAUAAUAGUAAUAAUAAUAAUAAAGGUAAUAGUGAGGAUGCAAUUAGAAGGAGAUGGGAAGCUAGAGUUGAAAAGGAUAGAAAAAGAGAAGAAGAGAAAUUACAACAACAACAAUUACAACAACAGCAACAACAAGGUAAAGACGUUAAUAAACAACAACAACAACAACAACAACCAAUUGAAAUACCAAAAUCCUAUGAAAGAUUUAAAGGAAUUAUAUCAUCAUCCUUUGAUCCAUAUAUGGAUUUGUAUAUAAAUGAAGAGGAUAAAUUAAUUGGUGAAGUAUUGGAGAAAGUUAUGGCAGAAGAGAAAUGGACAUUAUCAGAUGAGGAAGCCAAUAAGAUCUUAACAAGUUGUACAGAUUUAGUAUUCCAUUUCAUAAAGGUUAGAAAUCGUUGUGCUGAACUCACAAAGGGUGAGCCAUUCUUUAACCUUUAUCAUCUAUUUAGAAAGUAUUUAACCCAAUAUGCCAAUAUAAUCUCUGGCAAAAUUCAUACAGACGUUGGUAGAGCACAUGAUGUUCAAGAGGAUAAAACUAUUUGUCUCAUUAUUAAUACCGCCGAAUUUUGUAGAAAAACAUCUGGUCAAAUGACUGAUGGUUUCAAGAAGAUUAUCGAUGAAAAGUAUAAAGAGUCAAUCGAUUUAAAAGAUAUUCAAAACGACUUCUCAAGUAUCAUUGCAAAGGGUGUUAAAGCAUUGGUAAGUGGUAUCGAAGCUAAACUCGACCCACAUCUCCAAUCGAUGACUCGUAUGGAAUGGGGCGAACGUUAUCAAUACGUUGGUGAUAAUUCACCAUAUGUCAAUGAAGUAGUUCAAAUUAUUUCAGAUUCAUCUCAAUUAGAAGUGGCUUGGUUGUCACCUGAACAUUUUAGAUACUUUUGCGAUUUGUUUGCUUCUUCAUUUGGUUUACGUAUUCCUCAAUCAAUCUAUAAAUGUCGUGGUAUCUCUGAAAUUGGUUCACAAGGUAUCCUAUUGGAUAUUACUACCAUUAAAACUGUACUAUUAGAUUUACCAAAUAAAGUUAAAGAUGGCCGUAGCAAUAGUCGUUACACAAAAUUAUUGAAUAAAGAAUUUGCAAAGGCUGAAAAUCUACUCAAAGUUAUUGGUUGCUCUCAAGAUCAUCUCGUUGAAACAUUUAAAGAUUUAUUCCCAGAUUCUACAAAUGCAGAUUUCCAAAAAAUUAUGGAUCUUAAAGGUUUUAAAGUUGGUGAUAAAAUUCAAACUGAAUUAUUUGAAAAAUUAUCAAAAGUUUCAACAAAUAUUGGUGCUUCAAUUAAAACUAAAUUUUUUAAUUAA